UACUCCUUCCGAUGUCCCUUUUCUCUUUCCUCUGGCGUUCGGUUGGACGGUGGACAUGGGUUAUGAAAACUAGCGCUGCGGUAUUUGAUACCCCGUGAGACCUUUCUUGGGAGCUGGGAAAAGGCACAGGCGAUCAAGGCACAUGGCAUGAUGGUUAAAGCAGCUUACUUAAUCUUAACCACGGGCAUGGACGGAGUCUUUUUAGAGAACCAGUUUUGGGAGCAAGAGGUUGCGGCCACAUCCCUCAAUAUAGGAGGGUCGGCGCUGUGGUCCUUGUCUUGCAAGUCACCGAGGCUCACCAGCAUAGAGUACCUGUUGCUCUUCGAUCACUCAGCGGGUAUGGGCACAGGUAAUAUCCUCGUUGACAUGGACAUGCACGACGCUAGUUAUCGCCAAAAGAAAGCAGUAAUUUAGCAGAUAUUACCUAUCUGGGAGAAGAAUUGAGUUGUAUUGUAGCUUGCAGUCUGAGAGAAACGAUUCUGAGAGGAGUGCGGGCAU